AUGCACAGCGUCGGUCUCCUCAUCUCCGCAGCCUCCGACAUAAUUGCCACAACUUCUUCGCCCUCUUCUGACUCCGCCACCCUUGCUGAUCGGCGCCAAGCUCUCAGCCUGCAAGUGCUUGACUGCCUACAUCCACGAAGCUCUGCGCUACAUACGCGCCUCCCGCACGAGGUCUUGCCCGGCGGUAUUGAGAUGGACGGUGCCUUCAUCUCCGCCGGCACCGUCAUCGAGGCGCCCGCAUAUGCCAUCAACUAG